AUGGAGUCUCUUACGCGAGAGGAGCUAUUGGAAUUGAACAAGCAACCUGACCAGCGACCAGCUCGGCCGCGUUUGCCGACUGCCUUCACCCAGACGGGGGUUGCAGAGGCGGUGAGGGACCAGGGACGUCUAAGCCCACGGAUGGAGGACAUGAUGAAGAGCAUGCCGGAGCAUAUGAAGGAGAUCGUGGACAAUCGGGAGGAUGUGGAUCUCAAGAAGCACCAGCUGCAGGGAGCCGCCAAGGACCUGGAGGGCGGACCCAUGUGGGGAUGUGACAUCGAAGAUGAGCUGCAUCAAUAG